AUGGCUUCUAUCUUCUCUUUAGCCUCUCUGGCUAUCUGCUCUCUUCUGAGCGGCGCCUUGGCACUUCCUUCCCAUCAAGCCAGGGCUCUGUCUGCUCGCAGCCAAAACUCUUCCGUUGAUGUGAACGUUCUGUACAGCUUUGGUGACGGUACUUGGGCUGAGAACCUUGCCGUGCGUGCCAAUGGUCAGAUUCUUCUCUCCCGGUUAGACACCCCUGAGGUCUUGCAGCUCGACCCCAGGGGCAUACGUGAUCCCAUCACUAUCGCUUCCUGGAAUGCAUCAACCUACAUGGGUUGUCUCGGAAUCUCCGAGACCACCCCGGAUAUGUUCUACGUUGUGACCUCGGGCUUUGUCAAUGACAGCUUUGUGCUCACAUCCGGUGUGAACAGUAUCUGGGAGAUUGAUAUGUCCACCUUUGCUAUUUCGAACACAACUGGUCAAGUCCUCUCCAACGCCACUGUUUCCAAGCUUGUUGAUGUGAGAACUUCGGACUUCCUGAACGGCAUGACUACUCUGUCGAACAAUACCAUCCUUGUCGCUGAUGCCUACAACGGCUGGGUGUACCGUGUCAACACCCACACCGGUGCUUACUCUGUUGCUGUCAAUGAUACCAAGAUGAAAUUCGACUCCAUUCCUAACCCUCCCACCAACCUUGGUGUCAAUGGUAUCAAGCUGCACGAUGAACACCUUUACUGGACCAACACUGCCGUUGGUACCUUGAACCGCGUCCGUAUCUCAAGCAAUGGAACCCGUGUUGGCACUUCUGAAGUUGUGGUCGACAAUGUCCCCAAGGCGGAUGACUUCAUCUUCAAGAAUGACAACGUUGCUUUCAUCGCCCAGAACCAGAUGGAUGAGCUCAGUGUUCUCUAUCCUUGGGCCAAUGAAGCCAAGGUCAUCGCUGGCAGCAACAUUUCUACCACUCUGGCUGGUGUUUCUGCUGGAAAGUUCGGUCGUCUGCCUAGUGACAGCCACAUUCUCUACCUGACUACUAGUGGAGCCGAGGGCCUGCCUAUCAACGGUACGGUUACUGUUCCCGCGACCCUGUCUUGGAUCGAUACGUCGAGGUUUUGA